AUGUUGCUUAUAAAAUAUUUUGUGAAAUUCGAGAGGCAUAAACUGUAUCAUCAAUAAGUUAUCUAACACUAACAUUUUAUCAGAAAUAUAUAUUGAACACCAUUUUUGAUUUUCAACCUUUUUCAUUAUGACUAAACUUGACAAACUCAUGAACAUUUUAUUGGAAAAUCGAAGCAGUCUAUUGAGCUUAUUUAUUUCUUAACGGAAUGGAUCAUGAAAUUCUGACCAUAAAGUAAGAUGCACGACCUAGCGCCAGAUAAGGCCCUCUUAUAUUGGAUACCGUCCGGUUUAGUUGCCAUUGGUAUGCUUAUAACACUCCUUUGCUCAUUCUGGAAAUUUCAUAAAAGAAAAGUGUUUAUACGUCAGCUUCAGCAAGAGUACAUGGAAGUUAACCUGGCAAUUAAAAGACCUAGAAUUGGUGCUAUAAGAUGCAAUACACAUGGAGCAAGAUGGGAAGAUUUAAUGGCGUCAUUAAGUUCUUCCGGCUUUCCUAAUAUUGCGCCUUAUUUUAGACAUAUCAACCAAGUAAAUAAUUUUAACACGUGCGGUACAUUAUAUGAAGAGAAGGAAGAUUCACCAGACAGACACUUGCCAGAUAAACGUAAUCAUGAAAUAUAUGAUCAUGAAAUUAAAACUGGUAUUAAUGCUUAUUAUGAACAGACUGGUUAUAUUGAAUCAGAAACAAAACCAAUCAGAGAGAAAAAGAAGAAGAAAAAGCGAUCAAAAGUUAAUUUUUAUGGAGCCACAUAUCACAACAAAGACUGUGGUGAUAGCAUUGAAAUUGCUACUGAUUCGUCUCCAAGACGACUUCCGGUGAUAGAAAAUCAUUUAUGGACAGAUUAUACGAGAAACAGUCCACCGUCCAACGAACGAAAAAUACCGUCCAUUUAUUAUGCUCGCAGCUUUAUCCAUAGCAACGACAGUGAAGUGUUUUCACCUCCACAUAAAGUAGAACGUGCGGAGUCUAAACGUUCAGCAAAACAUUCAAAACGUUCAAAAAGAGAGAAGCCAUCACAGGAAGAACGAGUUUUCUGGGUUUUGGCAGCUGAUAUACAACAGUCGUCAGUGUAAAUUGUAUAGAAAAGUGGAAGCUUAACUUACAAAAUGUGUGGUGAUAUGUUUUUGUAAACUAUAUGAAGGUAGUACCAACAACCUGUAACCACUUGUUAUAAAGUUAAAAUGAAGCUUUAAGUUUGAGCAUCUAUAUAAGAAGUGGUAUGCAAUAUGUCAAGGCUGCAAGACAUGAAGGCACAUUGUAGUCGUUUGGUAUAGGUUGUUUUUUUUUGUUUUAGUGUCGUUGGGUUGCUGUUUAUUAUUUAUGUAUAUAAGGUUUUCUACCCCAGGCAUGAUAAAUUGGUACACGGUAUUGGUUUUUCUCAUUGUUGAAUGCCGCACGGUGGACAAUAAUAUGAAUAGUUGUCUCAUUGGCAAUCGUUCCACAUACCUUAUUUAAUAUAAGUAACUUUAUAACUAACUUUGGCACACUUUUAUAAAUGACCUAAGCGUGAUUUGACACACUUUUUUCGGAAGUUUUGGUUUUCAAUGCUUUUAAACUUUGCAAUUUAUUUGGCCUCUCAACUGUUUUGAACUCAGUGCCACCGAUUAGUCUUGUUUAAACGCAAAUUUUAGUUUAUAAACCUGUCAUCUUUUAAAAAGCUUUUUAUUCAUACACAAUAUACCUCAUUCAUUUAUUAUAAAAUACUUGUCUACAUAGCUUUUCAUCAGAAUUGAACAUGAAUACCAUGGCGAGUUUAUUCAUUAGAUCAGUGACUGCUAACCCUUCUGGUACAUGUAACGACUGAGUUUUUGUUGCGAUUGUAUUGCUUUAUAAAAAUAAGGAGAUGUGGUAUGAUUGCCAAUGAGACAACUAUCCACUAUCUUUAUUUUCCUGUAACUGGUGAAGUGUUUUAUUUUCCUGUACGUCUUUGCUCUUUUUGCUAUGGUGUUGUUUUUCCUUCGUUCGGCUACGGUUUUUAUUGAAAGUUUGAAAUAGUCUUACUGUUUAAUGAUUUUAAAUCAACUUGGGCUCCGAUGGAGUUCUCCUGGAAUUAUUUUAAAAAUUAGAAGAUAAACUAUUUCAAUCGGCAAUCAAAAAUAUUAAGUGGCAGUAGAUUAAAUCAAAGCAAAAAGGAAAAAUGGUGUAAAGACAAACAAUAGUCGACAACAAGCGACACAGAAAACUUUAGAGUGAGCAUCACGGACCGAGCUUUAUUUUUUGCUUUGAAGAUAAUCACUACUGUUCCUGUUUCACGUGUGAAAUUCCAUUAUUGAUAUGUUGAAUAAAAUGUAUGAUAUCGUCUUAAAUAUUGUACUGAUAUUAAUGGUAUUAUGAUAAGAAAGUCUUAUUGCAUUAUAAUUCAUGUUUUUUGUCCCACAGGCAGAGGUAUGGAUAGUAAAAUAAGGGAUUCUGUCAGAGUUGAUAAUUCACCCAAAACAAGGCAAGUUGAAGACAUUUAAGCUUUUUAGUGGGGUUAAAUAUGCGGUAUACAAAUAGAAAAUUGAAUAUUCAAUGCAAGCAAUUUUUUUUUAACAAAAUCCUAUACCCAAGCGCCUGUGAUUUGUUCAGUUAAGAACAUAAUUAAAAUGAAAAAUAUUCACAAAUAUUUAUGUAAAUACAGUUUGAAUGUGAAAUUAACAACUUAAUAAAGGUAGAGAAGAAGGUUGACUAAUAUAUCGUUUUUAUACUGUUUUCUUGGGUCGUCCUUAAAUUGACAAAUACUAUACAUGAAGAAGGAUUUCCAUGUGUUUUAGUGUGAUAAAAGCAACCACCUUAAAUAAAGAGUUGUAAAAAUAAUCCUUUCAAAAGAAUAUUUUACUCUUGUAGAAAGGAAGUUUCCAUUUGUUAAAAUUUAUUUAUAGCCUUUCCACUAUAAGAGGCGUCAGAGGAAGCGACAUAACUUUACUUAAGUUUCUAGAAAAUACAUGUAUGCUUACAUCCUUGGUUUUCAAAUUUUAUGGUAUAUGAGCGUAUAUGAAGGUAUAUCCAGAACAGUGCGUCGACUGAACCAAAUAUUUAUAAUUGUUUAUUGUAUUAGUAGAGAGUUUCAGGGAAACGGGAGGUAAGCCAAAUGUGAAACAUAAUUAACCUCCGAUUGCAAAUUAUGGGUAUGUCUAUAUAAUUUAAUUUUGGAUUUAACACGUCUUCUGAUUGGCUGAAACCUUUUUUCAAUCAGCUCAUAGACGUAUUUUUUUCAUGUGACCGUGACGUCAUCAACGUUUUUUCAUGAUUUACUCCUUAAAAAUGGAAUUUAGAAUUAAAUUAUAAGGACUUACUGUAAACAAUUUUUCUGUCUAUUCGAAAUAACAUCAAAAAUGAGGUGCACAUUUUUAAAUAACCCGCGUAUUCAGUGUGCACCACAUUUUAGAUGUUAUUUCUCCAUAGAGUAAAUCAUGAAGCUAAAUUUCCAAACCAAAUCUUUGUACAUGUAUCUAUGGAAGUAAUUUGUGGUAACGAAAUCCCCGACUUAAUUAUUUACCAGUUAUACAUGGAAGUUGUCCUUACAAUUUGUCUGUUUUCAUAAGUGUUUUUAGUUUUGACAUCGUGCGUUGCUAAAAAUAUGAACAUUAUUAAUGAACUCCAAAAAUAAAAUGAUUCAAAUUAAUCUAAACAUUUGGAAUAUCAAAACAAUGUGACAUGUGUUUUUUUGGACAAAUGCGUGUGUGUUGUUUGAAAUUUUUGCCGUUGAGUUGCUGUCUCAUUGGCGUUUACCCGAAAUAUCCUGUUGUGCAUAUAGAUCGUUAAGAAAAUGAUAUUCAUACCGAAAGCAUUAGAACAUGACUUUGUGUUUAUACCUUUUUGUUUUGAUGGGUAUUACAGAUAAAAAAAACAGUAUAUAUUUUUUUAUUCUUUAUUUACUGUAUAAUAUUGAAUAUCGUUUGAAUAUUAACCUUAAAACUUUAAGGCUUUCAUGUUUAUAUUCUAAAUGAACUGAUAGUAUUAUGUUGAUAUAACAAAACAACAAAAGUUGGUUUUGCCAGUAAUAAAAUGUUGAAAAUAAUUAUAAAGGAUGAUAUGUUUAUACUUGUUGUUUUAAACAUUCGUAUUGUGACAUUAAAGAUUAUUUGUU